CGUCCCUCAAAUCAAUUAAAAAAAUUUCUGGACCCAUAACCCACAUGCAAACACAGCUUUACUUUUCUGCUCUUCAAAAUGCAAAACUUCUUAAAAUAAUGUCCGUACUUGCUUUCUCCACUUCGUCUCCUCCCAUCCUUUUAUCCCAUCUUAUCAGACUUCCGCCACCACCCUAAAACGCCACGUUUCAGCAACUUCCACGCUGCUAAACGCCAGGAUCAAGUCUUAGUUCUGUUGUAGCUGACCUAUCAGCAGCAUUGAACACAGCGGACCAACCCUUCUUCCUGAAGCAUUGUCUCCCCGUGAUUUUUCAGAUCCAGACUCUCCUACUUUUCCAUCUGCCUCAGGGAUUAUUCAUCCCGUCUCCUUCGUUGGGCCCUCUUCAUCAACCUGACCUAAGCUACUGCAUUGCUAGAAGAAACCGAACUGAGUAAGGGUAAAUUAUCCUCACAGCAUAAUGCUGAUUUAAAUUUUCCAGUGUUUAAAAAUUCAGAUAUCUGUUUUAAACAAAAAUGAUACGUACACCUGCCUUUUUUUGCGGCGAGCACGGACUUAGCAUAACGGACUCCAUUUUGAGCCACAGCCGGGGCCCUGAGCCGGGGGAGGCGGCCGACAGGCGACAAGACCACCUAGGGUCCCGGCCUUGAUCAGCCCCCCCUGAUAUUACCCGGGGGUCAGGACGUCGAGUGAUACCUCAGUGCUGCCGACACUUUCAAAAAUGAGCAUGGCUCUCAAGGCGGCGCCAUAGAUACAAAUCCACGGAUCUCCCCAAAAUGAGGUAAAAAACAUCUAACUUUCUCCGGAAACGAGUUCUACGGGCCUUAUGGGAAAUGUAGUUUCGGGUGGAUGGCCUACACCGCGGGGGAGCCUGGGAACUCUAGGUGGGCGAUUACUUCCGCACACGCGCAGUGGGGCGGUAGCCAGCGUUCUGUGAUCUUAGGAUCUGUGAGGCGUGACAGCGGGUGUUGCGCCCCGAAUCUCUGGGAGAUCUGUGUAAACCGAUCUAGGACUUCGAGCCGGAGCUGGGCGCUUGGCGGUCAAAGGCUGACAGAUCUCCACGCAAGAGUUGCAGAAAAUGAUCAACUUCCAGGGAUCAGUGACAUUCCAGGAUGUGGCUGUGGACUUCACCUCAGAGGAGUGGCAGCUGCUUGACUGUGAUCAGAGAACCUUGUAUUGGGAUGUGAUGUUGGAGAACUUUAGAAACCUCAUCUCAGUGGGGGGUCCACUUACCAAAACAAAAGUGAUCUUCAAGGUGGAGCAAGAACAAGAGCUGCAGAUGGUAGAGGGAGAGAACCCACAUUGGAGCCACCCUGAAGCCAACUGCCCAUUUGUUGAUGAAUCAGAGAAGCACCAGGAAAGCGAAGAGAAUUUUUUAAAUUCAGUUUUGUUCACAUUCAAUAAAAUUCUGACUAUGGAGAGACUUCAUGGUUACAAUAUGAGCACAAGUCGUACUGGAAAAAAUCAUAUAAAUGCAAGAAAAAUAUAUAAAUGCAAAUCAUAUGGGAAGAGUCUGCAACCUACUUUAGAUUUACUUAAUUAUAAUAGAUGUUAUAAUGGAGAAAACCCUUAUGAAUGCAAGGACUGUGGGAAAGCCUUUAAAAAGAAGUUUCAUUUAAUUAGACAUGAAAAAAAUCAUACCAGAAAAAAACCCUUUGAAUGUAAUGACUGUGGGAAAGCCUACAGCAGGAAGACACACCUUGCAACUCAUCAGAAAAUUCAUAAUGGAGAGAGACCCUUUGUGUGCAAUGAUUGUGGGAAAGCCUUUAUGCAUAAAACACAGCUCUUGGUCCACCAGAGACUUCACACUGGAGAGAAACCUUACGAAUGCAGUCAAUGUGGGAAAUCAUUCACGUGGAACUCCUCCUUUACUCAACAUGUGAAAUCUCAUACACUGGAGAACUCAUUUGAAUGUAAGGAAUGUGGGAAAACCUUCAGGUAUAGUUCAUCCCUUUAUAAACAUUCUAGAUUUCAUACAGGAGAGAAACCCUACCAUUGUAUCAUAUGUGGCAAAGCCUUUGGCAACACAUCUGUGCUUGUUACGCAUCAAAGAAUUCACACAGGAGAAAAACCUUAUGGAUGUAUCGAAUGUGGCAAAGCCUUCAUCAAGAAGUCUCAUCUCCUUAGACAUCAGAUAACUCAUACAGGAGAAAAACCCUAUGAAUGUAACAAAUGUGGGAAAGCAUUUUCCCAGAAGUCAAAUCUUAUUGUACAUCAAAAAAUUCAUACAUAAUAUUCACUUUAUGAGAAAGCUUAGAUAUUAAAUAAAUCUUAUUAAAUAGCAGAGUUUUCAUAGUGAGGAGAAUUCCAAGAAUUAGAAUUAAUUUGGACAGAGUAGAUUUCCAUAAAAAGACAAGUCCAAUCAUGUUCUGGAAGUGAUGAUAAAGUUUUUACAGAAAAAAAAUCACAGAAAACAUUGGAUCAUAAAUAAUAGAGCAUAGAGCUUCAAAAGUAAGCAUAAAUGAAAUAAUUGAAUCAGUGAAAACUACAUUUACCAUCCCUAAUUGUUUUAUUUUUAUAACAAAUGAUACAUUUAUGUAUGAGUAUAAAAUGUUUAUACAUAAUAUUAAAUUAUAUCUAUUGAGUUUCUGCAGUAAAUAUCACCAUUUUUUCUUCCAAGCCUAACAAUUACAUGCAAGGGGGGAAAUGUGGUUUAAUAUGUAGUAUGAAUUUCAGAAAUAUUUUUAUCUAUUUGUUGGCACUUUUGAUGGGCAGUGUUACUGAGUCCCAGAGUCUCCUCUUUAAUUAUAAAACUUGUUAUAAAGAUGUUUUCCUGUGUAUGUAAACACAAAAACAAAAAAUUUAACAAGAUACCAGUUGAGAGGGGAAAAAGCAAUUCUGUAUUACAAUAGGAUUCCAUUGAGGAAAAUAAGUAUGUAAAUAAAACAUUUGCACUCAAA